AUGUCGACAAAUAAAUCAUCGAAAUGGUCAUCUUCUUCAUCGUUGUCCAAGAUUGUCUCACGGAUUUCCCGUACACUCUCCUUCACAUCGAAAAAAUCACAACAAACGUUCAAAACCAACAACAAGAAAGUCAAACCAACUGAAACAGUCGUGAAAAAUGUCAACUUUGUUCCGCAAAGUGUUCCAAUACUCCGUCGUCAUCCACCAUUACCAAUUUCGAAAGUCGUCUUCAGCCAUCAUCGGUCGAAAGAACACAUUCAUCAUGAAAACAUCUACGUGAACAAUUACAUCGAAGAAGAAGAAUGUGACGACGAUUAUUAUCGAUAUUCUCUUCGUCCGAACUUAUCACUCUUCAAUAUCAGUGUUGAAAAUGUUAAUUGUCAAUCACACGAAUAUCCUCCAUUACAACAAGACUGGUUCGACGAGAUUUUUCACUCCACAAAAAUCGAAGAAAAAUAA